AUGGGGAAAAAAUUGGCAGGGCCUAUCGGCACGGAGACUACCCUCAUCAAUACCCAAAGCAGUCCUGGAGCUUCUUCUCGGGGAGAAACCGGACUGGACAUCACAGGCCUGGAUAAGGCUGUGGAAUUCUAUUUUCACCACGCCCUAGCCCCCUCUACACAACGCACCUACACCUCAGCACAAGCACGGUACCUCUCCUUUUGCACACAAUUCGACAUCACCCCCUUACCACUCCAAGAAACACAUCUCUGCCGAUACGUAUCUUGGUUGGCCAAAGACAACAUUGCACAUACCACAGUUAAAUCUUAUCUCUCGGCACUAAGGCACUUGCAAAUAGCUUGCAAUUUCCCAGACCCCAUGAUCUCCACUUUUCCCAAGUUGGAAGGUGUCAUCCGGGGCAUUAAAAUGCAGCAGGCACGCCAUAAGACAUCCUCCCCAAAACGGCUCCCAAUUACCCUAGCCCAUCUUCACAAACUACGUUCCUUUUUCGCAUCAAAAGGGAACGAGGCAGACUCGUUCAUGCUGUGGGCAGCCAUAUGCACUUGCUUCUUUGGCUUCAUGCGAUCGGGUGAAAUGACCAUCCCAUCGGAGUCUGCAUUCGACCCAUCCUCCCACCUAUGUUUCAAUGACGUGUCAGUGGACAAUAUUGCUGAUCCCCAAGUGGUCAAGGUUUGCCUGAAAGCAUCUAAAACAGAUCCGUUUCGCCAAGGGGUCGAAAUAGUCCUUGGCCGAACCAAUAAUCCUCUGUGCCCAGUGACAGCGUUGCUGUCAUAUCUCGCACUCCGAGGUAACCGUCAGGGUUUUCUAUUUUUAUUUGCGGACGGACGCCCUCUCACCAAGUCUAGAUUUGUGUCCCAAGUCCGAGACGCUCUUUCGCGCCUGGGCGUGGACUCCUCUAGGUACGCUGGCCACUCAUUUCGGAUUGGGGCCGCCACUGCUGCCGGGGCCCACGGUCUCAGCGAACCUGUCAUCCAAAUGCUGGGCAGAUGGAAAAGCUCAGCAUACCAACUCUAUAUUCGCACCAAACUCGCUAGCUAUUCAGCAGUUAUUAGUACAGAACCCGCACCUUAA